AUGGCACCUAACAACUCAAAGGAUGAGGCUUAUCUUUCUGCCGUUAUCCCUAAGCGUAUUAGUCUCUUCGAGCAGAUCCAAGCCAAUCAGCUGGAGAAGCUCAAGUCUCUGCCACACGAUCCGAUCAAGAUCACGUUGCCAGAUGGGAGUGUGAAAGAAGGGAAGAAGUGGGAGACCACUCCAAUGGAUAUCGCGGGGCAGAUUUCAAAGAGUUUGGCGAACUCUGCGUUGAUCUCAGCGGUGAAUGAUGAGCUCUGGGACAUGAGUAGGCCACUUGAAAGUGAUUGUAAGCUUGAGCUGUUCAUGUUUGACAGUGAUAAAGGUCGGGAUACUUUGUGGCAUUCUAGUGCUCACGUUCUUGGUCAGGCUCUUGAGCAGGAGUAUGGGUGUAAGCUUUGUAUAGGACCAUGUACGACGAGAGGGGAGGGUUUCUACUAUGAUGCAUAUUAUGAUGAUGGCUUGGGGCUUAACGACAAUCACUUCCCUAACAUCGAAGCAGGUGCUGGAAAGGCUGUUAAGGAAGGGCAACCAUUUGAAAGGAUUGAAGUGACGAAGGAUCAGGCACUGGAGAUGUUUUCUGAAAAUGAAUAUAAGGUUGAAAUCAUCAAUAGUUUGUCUGCGGAUAAUACAAUUACUGUCUAUAGAUGUGGUCCUCUCGUUGAUCUGUGUCGUGGACCACACAUACCAAACACUUGUUUUGUGAAAGCAUUCAAGUGUUUAAGGGCCUCAUCAGCUUACUGGAGGGCUAGCAAAGACGAAGACCGUAAGAGCUUGCAGAGAGUUUAUGGGAUAUCUUAUCCUGAUCAGAAACAGCUAAAAAAAUAUCUUCAAUUUCUUGAAGAAGCCAAAAAGUACGACCACAGACUAUUGGGCCAAAAGCAGGAACUCUUCUUUUGUCAUUCACUCAGUCCUGGGAGUUGGUUCUUCCUUCCAUUAGGCACUCGUAUAUAUAACAAGUUGAUGGGAUUCAUUAAAGAGCAAUACUGGAAAAGGGGUUACACAGAGGUUAUAACGCCAAAUAUGUACAACGUGAAACUGUGGAAAACUUCUGGACAUGAUGCAAAGUACAAGGAUCAUAUGUUUACGUUUGAUAUUGACGAACAAGAGUUCGGGCUCAAACCUAUGAACUGCCCUGGUCACUGCUUGAUGUUCCAACACAGGGUGCGCUCAUACAGAGAACUACCUAUUAGACUGGCCGACUUUGGAGUGUUACACCGCAAUGAGGACAGUGGAGCACUUAGUGGGUUGACACGUGCCCGACGGUUCCAGCAAGAUGAUGCACACAUAUUCUGUACAGAGGAUCAGGUUUUGGAUGAAGUGAAGGCUGUGUUGGAGUUCAUCCACUAUGCUUAUCAAAUUUUUGGCUUUACAUAUGAGCUAAAGCUUUCAACGAGGCCAGAAAAAUACCUUGGAGAUUUAAAAACAUGGGAUAAAGCUGAAAAUGAUCUCAAAGUUGCCCUAGAUGCUUUUGGAAAGAAAUGGCUGUUGAACGAAGGAGAUGGUGCAUUUUAUGGCCCAAAGAUAGACAUCACAGUUUCUGAUGCAAUGAAUAGGAAAUUCCAGUGUGCUACAUUACAGCUUGAUUUUCAACUUCCUGAUCGCUUCAAACUAGAGUACUCAGAUGAGGACGAAGGAAAGAAGGAGAAGCCGAGGCCUGUGAUGAUACAUAGAGCUGUGUUGGGAUCAGUGGAGCGUAUGUUUGCGAUAUUGUUGGAGCAUUACAAAGGAAAGUGGCCCUUUUGGCUUAGUCCGCGCCAGGCCAUAGUGUGCCCUAUAUCAAAGAAAUCAGAGGAAUAUGCAUUACAGGUGAAAAAACAAAUCCAUGAAGCUGGGUACUAUGUUGAUGCAGACGUAACUGACAGAAAGAUAGAUAAAAAGGUGCGAGAAGCUCAGCUUGCUCAGUACAACUACAUACUUGUAGUUGGUGAAAUUGAAGCUUCUGCAGGACAGGUGAGUGUUCGGAUAAGAGACAAUGCAGCCCACUCGGUGAAGAGUAUUGAGGAUUUGUUGGAAGAAUUUAAGUCCAAGACUGCUGAAUAUCAAUGAGAUCCGACUCUUGAAGUUGAAGUUUGACUUUGUUCCGAUACAUACUGUUUUUAAAAAAAUAUUUUGCAAAUUAGAAUGACCCCAUAGCUUUUAUUUUAUUUUAUUUUUUUUGAAUCCCUUGUGUACAAGUUCAGCAUUUUGUAGUUUUGGUUGGUUAUUUUUUUGGAGCUGCUCGCUGGGAUCUGCCAACAAUCAACUUUUCCUAGCGAGAUAUCCAAGAUCUCGUUGUCAGCUGUCCAGUAAUAAAUUACUUUCUCUGG